AUAGGUAAAAUGGCGACCGGGCAAAUAGCUCGUCCUGGGCAUCCGCGCGCUGUGACUACUAGUAAAUCAUCACUACCAUAUCAAGUGAUUUUAUAUCUCAAUGGAUUUUAUUUUGCCUUUUUCUUCAUAGCAGAAAUUCUCAUAUACAUUUUUAAAGGAGAAACGUUACCAUACGCCACAAAUGCUUUGGCAGCAGAAGUGGUUCUCGUUUUUAUUCUUGCUGGUGUGGAAGCGUUACGACUGUGUAUGGGUGGGAAAGGUAACCUGACAGAAAAUGCCCUGAGUGUGAUAUCGUGUCUGCUGUUCACCCUCCCAGCUCUGUUUGGCACUCUCUUCAUCCUGUUGUGGCAGACAUACGUUCUGCGUAUUGAAGUGAUUCUCGCCGCCAUCCAGCUCGCGUUCAUUGGACUCGAACUCAUUUUCAGCAUCAUUGCGUGUAUCACCUUCGCCAGCCAGUAGUCACCAGUGUUACGUACUCACGCUUCCACGUUGACCGUUGUGCUAAUCAGGUCACAAAUGAUGGUUAUCUGUUGGUGAAGUCCCACUGUGAUAUUACCAGGGAACGUUUUGUUCAGUAUCGCGCCGUCAUGUGCUAUGCAAGUUAUCCAUACAUAAUUCUGCAAGGGUUAAUAAUUAAUUUUCAAAAGAAUUAGCAUCUGUUGCUAAUCAAAAGUUUUAAAACAAAAUGUUUCCUGAUUGCAGUUUUCAUAUUUUGAUAGCAUUCUUUCUUUUGUAUUAUUAGUAUUUUUUAUAAAUUAACGGUAUAUCUUAAUACAUUUUUGAAUAUGUACAGGAUAAAAAGACACAGAUAUAUCAUCCAUAUGGUGCCCACUCAAUACCUUGUUGGACACACACGAGCCAAUAACCUGUUUGGGUUGUUAUAUUGUUGAACAUUCAUUCAUUUCUCUUACAUGUCACUGAACUCUAAUGCAUAAUUGUGAAAUUACACCUAUAUGUAUAGAACCUUUUGUUAUUUCUUCCAACCGAUCUGUCUAUUUCACCAGGAAACAUUCAGCGAAAGUGGCUUUUAUACUGGGUUGUCAGAAACCCACCUGUUUUAAUGUAAAAAUGUUGAAUGUAUUUUUUAUGUUCAAGCUUUUUAGAAUACAUAAUCCAUUUACUGUAGGGCAUAAGAUGAUUGUUUUUCAAGACAAGUGACUGUAUGUCUGUUGAUAUUGAAAACACUGAUUACUAUUAAAUAAUGAAACUCUAGUUUAUGCAUUGCAUUAGUGUGUACUGACCUUGGUGGUGGUUUAGUUAAGCCAUCGGACAUAAGGCUGGUAGGUACAGGGUUCGCAGCCCGAUACCAGCUCCCACCCAGAGCGAGUUUUAAUGACUCUGUGGAUAGGUGUAAGACAACUACACCCUCUUCUCUCUAAC